AUGGCUUUCAGGGGGGGGAGUGGGGGUGGGGUGCAGAGAGAGAAAGAGAAAGAGAAAACAGAGAGAGAGAAAGAGAAAGAGAAAGAGAUAGAGACAGAGAAAGAGACAGAGGAGACAGGGGGGUUAGAGGGGGCAGGAACAGAGCAGAAAGAGGAGACAGAGAAAGAGAAAGAGAAAGAGAAAGAGAGAGAGAAAGAGAAAGAGAGAGAGAAAGAGACAGAGAAGAAGGAGACAAAGGAGACAAAGGAGACAGAACAAAUAUGCUUGGGGCUGGCUAUGCGGGCGGUGGGGUUUCCUAUCACCACGCUGCUGCGAGGGGCGGCAGCAGCAGAGGGAGAGAGAGAAAAACAGCAGCAGCAGCAGCAGCAGCAGCAGCAGCAGCAGCAACAGCAGCAGCAACAGCAGCAACAGCAGCAGCAGCAGCAGCAGCAGCAGCAGCAGCAGCAGCAACAGCAGCAGCAACAGCAGCAACAGCAGCAGCAGCAGGAGACAGAGGAGACAGCGAAGGAGACAAGCUCUCAUUCAUGGCGACGAGCGAAUGAAGAUGACGCCGCGCAGCAUCCCCCUGCAGGAUGGGAGGAAGACGGAGAGCCGGACGCAGCAGGCUAUGCAGCAGGGGGACAGGGGGCUGUAGAAGCUCCGCCUAGUGGCCGUCGCAGGCGGGAUAAGGGUUCUGGUCGUGGGGGUGUUGGGGGCCCCCAGGGGGGGCCCCCCUCGGGGGGUUCACCUCGGUAUGGGGGGCCCCCCUACACAGAUAUAGGGCAGCAGCAGCAGGGGGGCAUGAGAGCGAGGGGCCCCCUACCCUCGCAGGCAGCAUUGGCUGCUGAGGCCCUUGGGGGGGGCCCCAUGCCCCCUUUGGGGGGCCCCCCGGGGAGACUAUCACAAGGUCGGGGUAGAGGGUCUUGGAUGCCCUUUGGGGGCCCCAUGGGUAUGCGUCACCCCUUCGGGCCCAUGGGGGGCCCCGGCAUGCCCCCCUUCAUGCCGAUGGGGGCCCCCGGGGGCCCCCAUGGGCCCCCGGGGCCCCCCGGGGGAGGUGUACCCAUGGGGGGCCCCCCACUAGGAGCUUACCCGGGGGGCCCCAAUGGCAUGCCGCCCCCUAUGGAGGGGCCCCCAGCAAGCGGGGGGCCCCCCUUUGUUGACCCGGUAGGGGGCCCCCAUGGGGGGCCUCAUGGGGGAGAGGUACAGUCGAGGAUGAUGGGGGGCCCCCAGAUGGGGGGCCCCCCCCCCAUGGGUAUGGAGUUGGGGGGCCCCCACCCCCGAGGGGGGCCCCCCAUGUUCAUGCCGCAGCACAUGCACCUUCAGGGGGGCCCCGGUAUGCCUCCUCCUCCCCCCCCUGAGGCUUUUGCUAUGCAGGGUAUGUCAGCUGAGUGGUUGGGGGGCCCCCCAGGGGGCCCCCCUGUGGGGCCCCAUAUGGGGGGGGGCCCCAUGGGGCCCCUCAUGCCGCAGCAGCAAACAGACAUGCAUGCUGCAGCGGGAGACCCAGCAGCAGCAGCAGCAGCAGCAGCAGCAGCAGGGUACAGUGCAGGGGAGGCAUCGCUUCGGGUAGGGGAUGCUGGGGGGCCCCCCUUGGUGCGAUCAGGGGGGCCCCUAGGGGGCCCCCAUGAACUGCAGCAGCAGCAACAGCAGCAGCAGCAGCAGCAGCAGCAGCAGCAGCAAGGACUGGGGGCCCCUGAAACAGCAGAUGCAGGGGCCCCCAAGACAGCUGAGGAGAUAGAGGAGGAGACCCUCUUCGCUUGGCUUGAGAAGGCCUUGGAGAAGGCAACCCCUCAAAGGCUGCUGCAGCAGGUUGGGCCUCUGCUGCAGCCAGAAGACCCACCAGCAGCAGCAGCAGCAGCAGCAGCGCCAGCAGCAGCAGCAGCAGCAGCAGCAGCAGCAGCAGCAGCGGGCUCACAAGAAUCUGUAGAGGCAUCGACGCUGCGUUUGCUGCUGGAGCUCAAAGAGGAGACACCCGAGAGUUCCGCUGCCGACUCAGCAGCAGCAGCAGCAGCUGCUGCUGCUGCAGCUGCAGCAGCAGCAGCAGCAGCAGCAGCAGCAAAAAUUGUAAAAGAAGAAGCAGACGAUGACCCAGAGGGGCCCCCACCGCCGCAGCGGCAGUGCAGGAGGGGCCCCCAAGAGGAAGACAGGGGGGCCCCCCAGUAUAAAUGCAAACGGGGGGGAGGCAAAGAAAUACCGCAGUGCUCCCGAAAGGCAUCCUGCGGGGACCCACAGCAGCAGCAGCAGCAGCAGCAGCAGCAGCAGCAGCAGCAGCAGCAGCAGCAGCAGUAG